AUCCAAUAUCUAUUUUUAGAUUUGUGAAAUUCCAAAAGUAAAAUGCUUUCCCAGUCAUACGUAGAAGAUGCAAAUGCACAUGUACUGUCAGAGGUGCACACUGACUGCCAGUUUCAAGUUUUACCAAACUCUGAUAAUGCAGUGACAAGAUUUAAGAUAAAUCUUCACAAUUUAAAAGCCAAGUCAGAACGGCAUUACUGCAACAGGAAGGCUGUGAAAUUAAAAACAAAUGAAAAUUUGAACACUGAAUUAAACGAUAAAGGCACAGAAUCUGACACUAGAUUUGGACAUGAAGAAGAAAAGGAUGCAUAUCAUAGAGAGUAUAGAAGAACUGAGGAUCAAAAAGAGAAGUUUGAUGAAGAUGGGGACUUGAUAUUAGAUAGACACCCCUGUCAGAGUUUAAAACUCGAUGACGAUAGAGAUUUGAUAUUAGACAGACACUCGUGUCAAAGUUUAAAACUAGAUGAAGAUGGGGAUUUGAUAUUAGAAAGGCAGUCACAUAAAUGUUUUAAACUUGAUAAGCACAGACAAUGCCCUUUAAACAAGGAGAUAUGCACACAGGAAGAUGAAUAUAAAGACUUAGACUGCAUUGAAAUUAAAGAUAAUAGUGAAGAGACUCCAGUAAAGAAGAAAAUAAAGUUAGAAAUGCAAAGUAAUACUGGUAAUAUGAACUCUAUUUUAAAUGCUGAACUUAACAUCAAGGAUGAUUUAGAUUGUGAUUUAGAAAAUACUCCUAGUGACAAAUUAAUUAAAACAAUGCAAAGUUCAUUACAGGCGUGUCAACAUUGUAAUGCAAAUUAUGAAAGUCAAAAGAGACCUUUUGAAUUUGACACAUCAGAAAAAAAUGUAUUUGUAAACUCAGAAAGACUUGUCAGUGAUAGAAUUAAGAUGUGCAAGAACUGUGUCAAAGAGCAACAUUCAGGUGAAGAUGUGCAGAAAGAAGUCAAGACAGGAAUUAGUGAUAAUGCAGAAAGUUUCAGAAAAGCUAGUGAGGUCUCGGACACAGUCAAAGACAAUGAUUAUGAUUCAUCUAUUUAUUAUAUAAAUAUAAAGCACAGUUUGUCUACAGAAUUAAAUGAUGUAGGUGAACAGGUAUGGCAUGGUUCUCUGUUACUAAGUGACUAUAUUAUAUGUAACCAUGGUAACUUUGAUGACAAGGUCAUAGUAGAUUUGGGAGCAGGUGUAGGACUGUCCAGUAUUGUUGCUGCCAUGUAUGCAAAGAUGAUGUACUGUACUGAUACUGGGGAGAAGGUUUUAUCACUUGCAGAGAGCAAUAUUUUAACAGCCAGGACUUGCCCAACUCUUCCUAGACAACUGUGUGAUGUACAUGUUAAAGAAUUGGACUGGUUUAAAGGAAUGGAAGAGGACAGCUCUUUGUUCAGUCUUACAAAAGAUGAUAUAGAUAGAAUCAACAAUAGUGAUAUUCUGAUAGCUGCUGAUGUGAUUUAUGACUUUGACAUCACUGACGCAUUCUUCAAUAUAGUAAAACAGAUCAUGAGUCACCCCCCUUGUAAGACUCUGUACAUUGGCUUGGAGAAGAGGAUUGUCUUUACAUGUGAGGACCUCACUUUCACAAGUCCAGGUUACAAUUAUUUCCGUCUUCACCUCGACGAUCUUUGUUCAGGGGAUGAUGAUGACACAGAGGCUUUGUUUGAAGUAGAGCAAAUCGACUCUAGCUUCCCACAGUUUUUCCAGUAUAACAGAAUUAGACAAUUGGAGUUAUGGAAGAUAACAGCUACAUUCAAGUCAUAGAUCAAAGAUGGAACAUGGCAAUAGAAAAGAAUAUAGAGACAUUAAUAUAGGAUAAAAUAAGACUAAAAUGGGAGCAUUUCACAAUCCAGAGGACACUUAUGCUUUUUAUGGAUACUCAUACUUUUAUGGAUAAAAAUUCAUGAAGAGAAAUUCAUCAAGACUUUUUAAAAAAUUAUGUAUGAUAGUAAAUGAUUACAUAAAUAGUUCUGAAUAUAAAAGUUUUGUUUGAUUUGAAAUUCGAUUCAAAAUACAGAUAGUUGACCUGAUUCAAAUGGAGACAAUUUUAAGUGUUUAGUAGAGAUAAAUUCACAUUGUAUAAAAGGAAUCACUGGACCAUAUCUUACAAGUACAUGUGUAUACUGUACUAUAUCUUGUAAGCAUAUACAUGUACUAUAACGAUCUUACACCGGCUGCAGGUAAAGACCUGAAGAUCUAGCUUGAGGGUAACUGUUUAUGGCCUACACACUUUAAAAAUUGUUUAAAGAAUUCUAUUCCGUGCUAAAUUCUGCUUGCCAUGGCAACGGAAAGAAAACAAAAACUUAAAAAAUCUUCUUUAAAAAAAACUCCAAAGAGCUAGAGCUUAGAUAUUUAGCAUGAAACAUCUUGUAGUGAGUGUCUACCAAGUUUAUUCAAUUAAAAGCCCCGCGUUGCCGAGGGGGUCAUUGAUUUUUCUUAUAUGUUUAUAGUAAAAACAAAAAAAUCUUCCAAAUAAGCCAAAGAGCUAGAGCUUAGUUAUUUAGCAUGGAACAUCUUUAGUGGGUGUCUACCAAGUUUGUUUAAAUGAAAGCACUGGGGUCAAAACUUGCCCCAUCCCUGGGGGGGGGGGGAUCAUUGAUUUUCCUAAUAUGUAUACAUACAUGUAUAGAAAAAACAAAAAAUCUUCAAGUAAAAAUCCAAAGAGCUACAGCUUAGUUAUUUAGCAUGAAACAUUUUCUAAUGGGUGUCAACUAAGUUUGCUCAAAUUAAAGCCCUGGUGUCAAAAUUUGCCCCGCCCGCCCCAGGGGGUCAUUGAUUUUCCUUGAUAUAUAUAGAAAAACAAAAAAAAUCUACUAAAAAAGCCAAAGUGCUACAUCUUAGAUAUUUAGCAUGAAACAUCUUGUAGUGGGUGUCUACCAUGUCAUUUCAAAUAAAAUCCCUUGGGUCAAAAUAGGCCUUGCCCCAGGGGGUCAUUGAAUUUUCUUAUAUGUAUAUAGUAAAACAAAAACAAAAAUCUUCUAAAAAAAGCCAAAGUGCUAGAGCUUAGAUAUUUAGCAUGAAACAUGUUCUAGUUGGUGUCUACCAAGUUUCAAUUGAUAGUUCUUUUCUGUCACUGUUGAUUUAUAAUCGGCAAAUUCUACUAUUGGCUAUUGUACUUCCUGGUUAUCUGGAGAAGUUGAUAUUCAUUCUCUAUUAUCACCAUUUUAAAUUGAGAUGAUGCUCCUUUUUCCACUGACAAGUUGAGCUGAAUAAGUACAAAAUUUCAAAAGAUUGAUUAUAAUGGUGAUGUAUAUGUUUAGGAUAAAAUAUACAGCAAAUACUACCAAAACUAUAAAAAGACUGCCCUUCUCAUUCAAAAAUUUCUGUAGGUCACAAGGAUUAUUGAUUAUCAAAAACAAUUAUGAUAAAAUGUAUGGUUAUUUUGCCUUUUACCUGUUCACUCAUCAUUUACACUUGGAUGGUCAUGCUGUUGCUUUAAUAUAAAUAAAAUACUCUCUCAAUAUACUAAAAAAUACACGUACAUGUGUUUUCUUAUUUUUUUAGCUCACCUGAGCAUUUUGUGGUCAGAGAAGAGCUUUUGUUGCUGCAAUUUAUACAUCCUUCAUUAUUUGUCAUCUGUCACCAAUUUAAUUUCCUAGAUCACAAAAUGGAUUUUGACCAAACUUCACAGGAAUGAUACUAACUGGUAGGUGGUCCUGUUCAAAAAUUAUAUAAAUGGUUCCAGUCUGAUGCACAAGUUGGUCACGAGCUAAAAAUAGACUUUAAAAAUAAAAUCUUUAAAAAAGACCUUUUUAGAAACUACAAUGCCAAUAGUUAAGAUAUUUAUGUAGCAUCACUGUGCGAUCCUCUAAAAAAAGUUAUAUAAAUGGUAAAACCAUGUCCCUUAGGUCAAAAUCGACCUUGCCUGGGGGGCAGGCCUUUUCCUAGCCAUUUUGGGAAAAGUACCUAGCAGAGUUUUAUAAUUUUUUUGUUGUAAAAUUGCUUUAUUGUGCCCCCACUAUAGUGGGGGGGGGGGCAUUUAGAUUAACCCUUGUCUGUCCGUCCAUCUGUUCGUCUGUCCGUUCUCUUUUUGUGUCGCAUGUAGCUCAAAAAGUAAUUGACCUAGAGUCAUGAAACCUUACAGUAAUGUUGAUCAGCAUGUGAAGUUGUGCACCUGGGUAUUUUCUUGGGAUAAAUUUAGUAUUUUUAGACUUAUUGCCCUUGACUUAGUAAAAAUUUGCAAUUUUCAACUUGUGUGACAUGUAACUCAAAAAAUAUUUGACCUAGAGUCAUGAAACCUCACUGGAAUGUUGAUCAGCAUGUGUAAGUGUGCAUCUGGGUAUUUUUGUGUGGAUAUAUUUAAUA